AAAAACCCUGGGGAAAGUACUUGGUCAAUUUCAGAUUCAGAAACCCUAAUUUCUUCACGACGACCAUUCUUUUUUCGCUUGGGUACUUUCAGCUCUUCCCACGAGGACGAGGUUACAGAAGACAUGUCGCGUGUGUACGUCGGAAAUCUGGACCCGCGAGUUACUGAGCGUGAACUUGAGGAUGAGUUCCGUACCUUUGGAGUUAUCAGGAGUGUUUGGGUUGCUCGGAGACCACCUGGUUACGCUUUUCUAGAUUUCGAAGAUCCUAGGGAUGCCCGUGACGCCAUCCGUGAUGUAGAUGGCAAGAAUGGCUGGAGAGUUGAACAGUCACACAACCGAGGUGAGCGUGGUGGUGGCGGUCGUGGUGGUGACCGUGGAGGUGGCGGCGGCGGCCGUGGUGCUUCUGAUUUGAAAUGCUAUGAAUGUGGUGAGACUGGUCAUUUCGCACGUGAAUGCCGUAACCGUGGUGGCACUGGGAGGCGUCGCAGCAGGAGCCGUAGUCGCAGUCCUCCAAGAUACAGAAGGAGCCCAAGCUAUGGACGGAGGAGUUACAGCCCUCGUGCAAGAUCUCCCCCUCCUCCAAGGCGCCGCAGUCCUUCUCCUCCUCCUGCCCGUGGUCGCAGCUACAGUAGGUCACCACCUCCAUACAGAGCACGUGAGGACAGAGCACGUGAGGAAGUGCCAUAUGCCAAUGGAAAUGGACUGAAAGAUAGACGCAGAAGCAGGAGCUGAGUGUUUUUGCAAGAAAACGAGUUCGUGGGAAGAAGAUACUGUGGAAGAGAAGAAGAGAGGGCCUAAGGAAAGUUACUAUCAUCUAUGAAUUUCAGUAAGAGAACAUGUUUUAGGUGUGCUGGAUUGGAUAAAGAUUGGUACUUUUGCUUUUGGAUAUGAAGCGUACGUAGUUGUGUAUCUACCAAUAGGUAAAAGAACACUUGAUUCGUACCCUAGUUUCUUAAAGACAUAAUAUUUGAUUGGAAAUUCUGCUAAAUGCCUAAGUGUUUCUUGUCUUUUUUCACUGUGUCGAGGUUUCUUCGGGUCUACUACUACUACUACUACUGCUUCAUUACUUAUCUACUUGCUUCUCUACUCUUCUCAUAUGAAGCAUCUCCCUUAGUUACUCGGCCUACUUCAUUGUUUAUCUACUUGCUUCUGCUAUGAAUCAUCUUCAUUAGUUGCUCGGCCUGCUAUGGGAAAAGUUAAACCACGGUUGUGGAUCCCUACAUCAUCUUCAUUUAGUUGCUCGGCCUGCUUCAUUGUUUUUCUACUUGCUUCUCUACUCUUCUGCUUCAUUUAGUUGUGGAUCCCUACAAGGCUUUGCUUCUGCUUCAUCUUCGACCAUAGAGAUGCUCUAAUGCUUGAAAACUUCAUCAGCUGUGAUGUUUACCUUCUUUGCAUGAACUUGAGCUGCAUCACUUAGAAGCACCUCUUGUCUGGUCGGAAUGUUGGGCAUUAGGUUUAGCAUAAUUGUAGCUAUGUGAUAGUGUUUAGCAUGCACAUUCUUGUCCUUCGAAAGAUUUUUGUGCAUUUCACGGUUUAUAGAGGCAAGUCAAGGAUUUGUAAAUGGGUAUCAGUCGCUCCCAUUUGGUGCUUGUGUUAAUUUCAGUGAAAGAGUUGUGAA